GCUCUGAAGAUUUCUGUAAGUGUGACAUCAUGUUAUUUCAUAAAAGUUUGGAGCAGCUACGGCACACUGCUAAAGUUUUUUCAGGGCCAGAAAGCCUGAUGAAAAGAGAGCAGAGUACCAGCGGCUUGUGAGAAGUGCUGGCGUACCGUCAAUACUUGUGGUGAGGUCCUCACUGGAACCAUGGUGUCCCGGGUGAAGCAGCCCCAGGGCCGAGGCCUGUCCUCUCUAUUUUCUUGCUGCUUCAAAGGAAGUGAGCAACCAGAGAUCACCUACUGCCAUGAUUACAUCAACACUGCAGCGGUGCUGGAGCCCACCAUGCCCAUGCCCCCUCCUCAAGAGCUGGACUCUAUGUUCACUGAGCUGGUGGAUGAACUGGACCUCACAGACGAAAACAGAGCCGCUAUGUUUUCUUUGCCAGCAGAGAAAAAAUGGCAGAUCUACUGUAGUAAGAAAAUGGAGGCAGAGGAGAAUAAAGGAGCAACCAGAUGGCCAGAGUAUUAUAUCGACCAGCUCAGGUCCAUGGCUGCUAGGAAGACUCUGCUGGCACUGGAGGAUGAAGAAGACCAGGGAAGACAUAACAUCGUAGAUGAUCUAAAGACAGCACUGAGGACACAGCCAAUGAGGUUUGUAACACGAUUCAUUGAGUUGGAUGGCCUGUCUUGUAUCCUGAAUUUCCUCAAGUCAAUGGACUAUGAGACCACCAACUCUCAGGUCCAUACCUCCCUGAUUGGCUGCAUCAAAGCUCUAAUGAACAACUCUCAGGGCCGAGCGCACGUCCUGGGCCACUGUGAGAGCAUUAAUAUCAUCGCACAAAGUCUCACCACUGAAAGCAUCAAAACAAAGGUUGCCGUGUUAGAGAUCCUUGGUGCGGUUUGUUUGGUGCCAGGAGGCCAUAAGAAAGUUUUAGAAGCCAUGCUACACUACCAGGAGUUUGCCUCGGAAAGAACACGAUUUCAGACCCUGCUGACAGACCUGGACAGAUCCACAGGACGCUACAGAGACGAAGUGAAUCUCAAGACCGCCAUCAUGUCCUUCAUCAACGCUGUGCUCAGCCAGGGAGCAGGGGAGACCAGCCUGGAGUUCCGUAUGCAUCUGCGAUAUGAGUUUCUGAUGUUGGGCAUUCAGCCAGUCAUCGACAAGCUACGCUCCAACGACAACGCCACCCUCAACAGACAUCUGGAUUUCUUUGAGAUGUUGAGGAAUGAAGAUGAGCUUCAGAUGUCCAAACACUUCGAUGCUGUCCAUAUAGAAACUAAAAGUGCCAGCCAGAUGUUUGAGGUGAUCAGGAAGAACCUGAAGCACACUGAAGCGUACCCUCACCUCCUGUCUGCCCUGCAGCACUGCCUCAUGAUGCCACAUAAACAGAGCAGCACCACUCUCCAGUACUGGGUCCUGUUGGAUCGUAUAGUCCAGCAGCUGGUUCUGCAGACAGAUAAAGGUGAAAACCCUGAUGUGGCUCCACUGGAGGACUUCAACGUUAAAAAUAUUGUACGCAUGCUUGUCAAGGAGGACGAGGUCAAACAAUGGAAAGAACAGGCUGAUAAAAUGAGAAAAGAGCAUCACAACUUACAGCAGCGUUUUGAAAAGAAAGAGAGGGAGUGUGAGGCCAAAAAUAAAGAGAAAGAAGACAUGAUGGUGACGCUGAACAAGAUGAAAGACAAACUGGAGCGAGAGAGUAAUGACCACAAGCAAGCCAGACUACAAGUGGGAGAGCUGUCGGCACGGCUGCAGCAGCUCAGCUCGACUUCCAGCGUCCCAGGAGGACCUCCUGUGACUCCUGGUCCUGUCCCAUCUAUCCCCUCUCCUCCCCCUCCUCCUCCUCCUCCUCCACCACCUCCUCCAGGAGGACCACCAGGUUUUGGCAUGCCUCCAUUUGCCCCACCUCCUCCACCAGGAGCUCCGCUUGGAAUGGCCCAGAAGAAAAAUAUUCCUCGGCCAUCUAACCCACUGAAGUCAUAUAACUGGAGCAAACUGCCUGAUAGCAAGAUAGAGGGAACCAUAUGGAAAGAGAUUGAUGAUCUCAAGGUGUUUAAAGUUCUGGAUCUUGAAGAGUUCCAGAAGACCUUCUCAGCUUACCAGAAACCACAAAAGGAUGCUGAGGAUGACCAUACUGUUGCUAAGAAAGUCAAGGAGCUGUCAGUCAUCGAUGGUCGUCGAGCACAGAACUGUAACAUUCUGCUGUCACGGCUGAAGCUGACCAAUGAGGAGAUCCGCCAUGCCAUGCUGACCAUGGAUGAACAGGAAGACUUACCUAAAGACAUGCUGGAGCAGCUGCUGAAGUUUGUUCCUGAGAAGAGUGACAUUGAGCUGUUAGAAGAACACAAGCAUGAGCUGGAGCGUAUGGCCAAAGCAGACCGCUUCCUGUAUGAGAUGAGCAGCAUCAACCACUACCAUCAGAGACUCCAGUCCCUCUACUUCAAGAAGAAGUUUGCUGAAAGAGUUGCUGAGGUCAAACCCAAAAUCAAAGCCCUGAGUCUUGCCUCCAGGGAGGUGGUGAAGAGCGGGACCCUGCGUCAGCUCCUAGAGGUGGUCCUGGCUUUUGGGAACUACAUGAACAAAGGACAACGAGGAAAUGCCUGGGGGUUUAAAGUGUCCAGUCUCAACAAGAUAGCCGACACCAAGUCAAGCACUGACAAAAACGUCACUCUGCUCCACUACAUGAUCUCUGUCCUGGAGAAGAAGUACCCUAAGGUGGCAGCUUUCAGUCAAGAGCUACAAAAUGUGCCAGAAGCAGCUAAAGUCAAUAUGACAGAGUUGGAGAAGGACAUUGGCAAUCUGAGGUCUGGUCUAAGAAGUGUUGAGGCAGAGCUGAAGUACCAGCAGGCCCAGUCCUCUCAGGGUCCUGCAGACAAGUUUGUCCCUGUGGUCAGCCAGUUCAUCACUGUGGCUUCCUUCAGCUUCUCUGAUGUGGAGGAGUCCCUCAGUGAGGCCAAAGAAGUGUUUGAAAAGGCGCUGAGACACUUUGGAGAAGACACGUCCAAUCUGCAGCCGGAUAACUUCUUUGGGAUCUUCACCACUUUCCUCACAUCGUUCUCCGAGGCUCAACAGGACAACGAGAACAUGGCCAGACGCAAGGAGGAAGAGGAGAGAAGGGCACUCGUGGAGGCACAGCUGAAGAAAGACAGGGAGCAGAAGGCGAGGAAAGCCAAAGAGAAUGAAGAGGAGGGUGGUGAGUUUGAUGACUUGGUGUCUGCUCUGCGCUCUGGAGAGGUGUUUGAUAAGGAUCUGUCCAAGAUGAACCGUAAGAAACAGCGGAGACGUGACUUGUCCGACAACGGGCGGGAGAGGCCAGUAACCAAACUAGACCAGUAACAGGACACCAUUAAGAUCAGGAUGUGUUAUUUCUAUAUGCUACAGACACUGUGUGAAUGCACUGCAAAAAAGCCAACUUGUAUUUUUUGGCCUAAAACAGUGAUUUAAGUUGGUAAAACUUGGAAAUAUAAAUUAUUGACAUUUAGGGCAAUAAUGUAAGUUAGCACAACAAAGGAAGCCAGUUGUCUGCUCAAAAACAAGUUUGUGAGUUGUUGUUACUUAUAUCUUUAAGUUGGGGUUCAAAACAAGAGACAAUAGUUCUGUUAACUCUUAUUUCUUUGUUGUGAAAUGCGGGAAAGUGGUGAA